AUGGUUAAUAUACCGUGCCUCCGGACAGUGACGUUAAUUUGCAUCCUACACAUCACAGGUAAGAGUUUAAUAAUAAUUAUGAUUAAAAUUUUAAAAAAAUAAUACAAGUGAACAUUUGUUUAUUUAAGAAGAAGAGAAACAUUUUUCUUAUUCCCUAUUGUUCCAAUGAAAACUUUUACAUAACAGAAGCAAAACCUUUUUUGAAAUGUUCACUAUUUAUAUUUUAAAAUAUCUAAAAAGUUGCUAGAGGAACAUACAACUCGUAAAUCAGAAUAAGAUAAAAAGGAAUAUUAAGGCUUAAGAAAGAAAAAAUCUGUCCCGCUUUUAUUCUUACUGUUUGAGGCGUGUUGUAACUGAUCCCAGUCCACAUGAAGUUAAUUCUCUCCUGUUUGUUAUGGUAUUCAUGCCGAAGUGCUUGCCAAAGUAAACAAUAUAAGUUUGUCGUCCCCCCCCCUUUCAUCCAACUAAAAAAACAACAACAACAACCAAAAACCCUCCUUAAAACUUCAUUUUAUUUCAAACAUUAUUUGUGUUUCACUCAUGCUCGACCAAGUACGUGAUUCGUUGACAUUUUACAGCUGCUUGCCGAUUGCCCGAGUCAGUAGACAUUGGAGGCUCCUGCUUUUGGUACACAAUGACCGGUAAAACAUACGAUGAAGCAAAGGUAAAAUGCCUACGUUUGUUUAAAAAUAUUCUCAUAUCUUUAAGCUCACGUUUUUAUAUGUGCUUACAAACAACUGAGGGGAAAAAACAAUGGCAACCACCCUGAAUCAGAUUGAUCCAUGUUUUUAUAUGUUGGUCACCGAUCAAAUGAAAAGUAUGAUAUGUCAAGAAAAUAAAACAAAAGGCCGUCCAGCAUAUUUCCAGCUAAGAAGCGCAGUUUCUUAGGGUAAUGUAUCAGAUUCAUUAUGAGACGGGCCAAAUAGUUUGGUAGGCAUGGGGAGUUGGGAGCAUACGUAAAUUUAUUCAGGAGAAUCGUUUAUUUUUAAAGCAGAGUGUUGACAUUUUCAGGCUAAUUGCUUGCGCCGAUUUACCCCCGCUCAUCCCUGAUCAAAAUAUUUAACAAAGGUUUGAUUCAACUUAAUGUGCCUUAGAUAUAAUUUUCCAGGAGUGGGUUCUGUGCGUACCAAACGAUCGGCUGCAAAGGGACCUCUAGAGUUCCUAAUAUAGAUCUGCUAGCUCAUAUCAAAAGAAAUACCAUAUUAACUAUCGUAACAGGGAAUUAUUUUCAUUUUUGUCUGAUAAACUGAACGCUCUCUCUUUAUCAUUAUAGUUGACGAAAUGUGCAAACGAAUUUAAUUACAGAAAUGCCUGCACAAUACAUUACUUGUUUUGUUUUUCUAAAGCCAACAAUAACAAAAUAUUGUUUUUUAAAAUGAUUUGUAGCUUUCGUUUCAUACGCAGAAAUUAACAUUUUUAAAACUACAACUUUAGCAAUGCCAAUACCAGAGGUAGUUUACCAAAGGGCUCAAUAAGCUACCUGUGUCAAAAUGAACUUUGAUGUAGCAAAAAAAAAAAAAAUCAUCUGAAGAGACAGAACACAAAUGAUCUUGAAGAGAUUUAUUAUCCAAUCCAUUACGAAACAUUUAGGUUUAAUUUUAACCCAAUUUACUUUUAAAAAAGACGGUUAGAGAUUUGAUAAUGUUCCUCUAGGGGAAUGAAUGUCUUCUGUCUGAGGAUCAUCUGGCCUCAGUCAACAUGCAAUGGAAGUACAGAGAACCGAUUAAAACUCAAGCAUAUAGAGGUAGAGGCUUAAGAGGGUAAAGGGCGAGAGCUCAAACAAAUGGAGCCAGAUUCACUUUGAGAGAAAACGUUGUUAAAUAACCAGUAAAAAUUAAGUUUUUAAGUAUAAACACUUUAUGUGUAUAUUUGUUUGCAUCUAUGUAACUUGUCGCUAUUUAUCAUUUAUUUAGAAGCGGUUGACUAAAUGUUAAAACUUCUGGCAAAAACAAGUGUCCCUCAUCUUUCACUUUCAAAUACAUUUUAUUUUUUACUGUAUUCCAAAAUACGUCUCAAAUACAAAACCCAUAGCAAAAGCUACACAGUUAAUCUCCACACCAAAAUACGCAACCGUUGAAAAAUUCAUAGUUCAUUCAUCAUCUCUUUGAAAAGGAGACCUUUGAUUGUUGGUGAUUGUUGCGGGAAGUGCUCAGAGCUGUACAAUGAAAGUAUAAAGAUAGACCCAGAAUACUUAAUGUCCCCCCAGAAACAGACAAUGAUAGCUACCCUAUUUUCUCCACGCAGAAGUAGAAGCAGCAAUCCAAGCACUCCAAACAGGAAAGGCCGCAGGAGUGGAUAAUAUCCCUGCCGAGUUGGUGAAACAAGGAGGUGAAGCAGUGAUAAGUGCCCUAUUCAAUAUUUGUAACAAAAUAUGGCUGACAGGGGAAUGGCCCAAACCAUGGACCCAAUCCUUCGUCAUCACCCUCCUCCAAAAAGGCAACCUACAGCUAUGCCCACACUAUCGCACCAUUAGCCUAAUAAGCCAUCCAAGCAAAGUCAUGCUGAAGGUCAUAUUGAACCGACUAAAACAAUAUGCCAACCGAAUCAUUGCUGAAGAACAGGCUGGCUUCAGGCAAGGACGGGGCACUACUGAGCAGAUCCUAAAUCUUCGAAUACUAUGUGAGAAAUAUGCUGAACACCAACAAAACCUAUACAACGUCUUUGUGGACUUCAAGAAAGCAUUCGACAAGGUUUGGCAUGCUGCUUUAUGGGCCACCAUGAGGCACUACAACAUCAACAGAACCUAACUAGAAUGAUAUGCUACCUCCAUGAUCAGGCCACCAGUGCAGUCUACCUCAACAACAACAUCGGAGAAUGGUUAAAGAUCACGGGUGGAGUACGACAAGGCUGCCGGCUCUCCUCCACCCUGCUGCCUGCUCUCCUCCACCCUGUUCAACAUCUGCCUAGAGAGAAAUAUGUUACAUGCUCUGGAAGCGCAUGAAGGUACAGUCAGCAUUGGUGGCAGAACAAUCACCAACCUAAGCUUUGCGGAUGACAUAGACGGACUGGCUGGGAACAAAGAAUAUCUAGCUAACCUGGUAAAGCGUCUCUUUGAGACCUUGUCGUCCUACGGCAUGCUAAUCAGUGCUGAAAAGACACAACUGAUGACAAAUAACACCACAGGCAUCGUCACUGAAAUUAAAGUCGGGGAGGAAAGACUAGAUACUGUCAGUAGCUUUAAAUACCUAGGAGCAGUAGUCUCAGAAGAAGGCUUCAAGCCCGAACUGAUGUCCAGGAUUGUGCAGCACUAAAGAGGCUCAAGAAAGUAUGGAAUGACAAAAAUAUAGCUCCAAGCACCAAAAUCAGGCUGAUGCGCUCUUUUGUCCUCUCCAUUUUCCAGUAUGCCUGCGAAUCCUGGACAUUAACAGACGACCUUGAAAGGAAAAUAAAGGCGAUGGAGAUGAGAUGCUUCAGAGGCAUUGUUGGCAUCUGCUAUAGGAACCAUAUCUCCAAUGAUACAGUAAAACAAAGGGUUCUUUAGGGGCUAUUGAGCAGUAUGAUGACCUACUGGUGACUAUCAAAAAACGCAAACUACAAUGGUAUGGCCACAUUACAAGGAACCAAGGUCUUGCGAAUAAAAUAUUGCAUGGCACCACAAGAGGAGGGAGAAGAAGAGGAAGACACGCAAAGAGAUGGGAGAAAACAUCAAAGAGUGGACGGGACUAAAACUAGGCGAUGCUGUGCGUAGCGCAGAAGACAGAGACGAAUGGAGGAGGAUAGUUCACAUAUUAUCGGUGGCGCCCCAAUGAUCCAAGGACCAAGGAACAUGAUGAUGAUUAUGAUGCGGGAAGUGGGGCUGAAAAUGUAUUUGAGUCUAUGUGCAAAAUGUCACUUUAAUAGGUUAACGGGAAAUGGGUCAAUUAGCCUUCCAAAAAAUUAUAAACACACCCAGACGGAAAGAAGGUAAGACACAAACAAAAGCAAAGUUAAUAUAAAAGUUUUAAGUAAACAAACCCUAUAACAAAUUAUGUUCCUUUAAAUCCUUUUGUGUGACUUAGCGACUGCUAUAGUUCAUACCUUCCUAUCUUCCAGUUGAAAAACAUGAACAACUUAUUUUUAGUGGUGUGGCUAGAAAUUUUAACGGAUGUGACGUCUUCGUAAAAAGUAUAUGUGUAAUUUUCAGCUCUUUUGGGGCUUUUGACUCGGAAAAGUGAAGUUACUAUUAUAAAGGAUUUUAAAAAUAAGUAUUUUGAAAAUGUCACGAAGUUCAAAAUUAGUUAUUUAUUUUCUAUGCAUUUGAAUAAGCUUUUAUUUAUAAUUAGCAGUAUUUAUGAAAAAGAUUAAUUAAUAUAAUUUUUUUUUAGAAGUAUCUGUUGAUGGUCUUUUGGUAUAAAACAUUUCAACUAUAUAAGUUGAAAUUGUAGCUGUAUGUCUGUUUGUAACGAAUACGUUUCUGCAUGGACUGGUUGAUCUUCAUAAAACUUGUAAUACAUAGUUAUUCUGUUUCAUGCUAUAGAAAGAAAUAUGAUUGGGUUUAAAUUAUUACAAACUUUUUUUUUUCUGCGUUGUGACCAAAACUCGCUUCCUUACAUGAACUAUACAAAUAAAAUUAUGAUGAAUGUAUAGAUCUAGACCGAUUAGGUACACAUGCUAUGGAAUAUUUACAUCGGGUACUUUUUGGAACUCAAAACAUACAACAUUUUCCUGUGAGUGAGCACUGAUUUUAUUAUAUUAUAAACGCUGUAUAAUUACAAGGGUGCUCUUGUAACAAUCUAGUCUUAAUUUAUUUUUCAUAAGUUCCUUUAGGCUUUCAAAAAUAUUAUCGAUAUUGUUCUCUACAGUUUUGCACGGAUAUAAAUAAUAUAAAGCUAAUGAAAAUGUCAAUGGGAUAUAAUCCGAUACUGGCAAACUCUGGAUACUGCGUGUCCUCCUUGAGACCUAACGAAGGCGCACUUUCGCUUUUGCUGGCCAAAGAAUCUGGAACGCCCUUCCUGUCGCUCUCAGAAACAGCCAGACAUUGCAUUCUUUCAAAACUAAGUUAAAACACAUCUUUUUCGCACUGACCUGUUGGGAUGAUGUAGUCUACCUCCUCUUUUCCAGCUUGCUGAUAUUCCUCGAUGUAGAUUUUGUAUUGCUGCGUUUUGUAUUUUAUUUGUGGAAAAAUAUAAAUUGUCAUAAAUGGCUGACUUUGUACUGGCGCUCCGAGCUUUAUUUAGGGAUAAAGUGUGUUUUUGAAAUGAACUUUAUUAUUAUUAAAUACAUGUUUUUCGAAAGUUUAGAUUUUAUAUAUUUUAUUUGGAAUUUUCUCAUUAUAGUUGAAUUUAUGUUUUUUACAUUUCCGAAAUUUUCCACAAUUACACAACGACUUUAAAUUUUUAAACGUUGGCAUGUAAGAUUAUAUAAAUGUCCCUUUUUACGUAUAUUGUCUUUUUAUAAGGUUUCCUCAUAUUUUAUGAAAUCGGAUUAAAAAUAUAUUUUAGAAGUUCCUAGAAAAUUCCAAAUGAAUAUCGAAUGCUCUACAUUUUUAUUUUCUUAUUGUUGCCUAAUGAAUUAUUAGGUAACAAAAUGGGCUUCUGCGUAUUUUGUUACACAAUUCCAUAACAACUACCAUUGUUUUAAAUCUAACGAUGUACCCUGAUUUUUAUUUUAAAUUUAAACUCCAUAUCGUUGGAGUUUUUCCAACGAUUUUACUGGGUCAGCUUUUAAAAAUAAUUAACACUAGGACGCAUGCUGGAUCAGGUAAUAAAGAACAUUUGAGAAAACAAGCGGUUAUCAACACCUCACUUGGCUCUGGGAUGAAUCGAUUUAGAACUCCAACAAAUUUGUGAAGAAUGUGUGUAAAUGUAAAGGAACAUGUUCAAACGGAUCGUUCGCUUUAUUACUGUCUCACUGAAAAGUUAGUUGCGACCAUGCCUGCAAGGAAAACGCCCCCCCCCCCAAAAAAAAAAAAGCCAGAGGAAAAAAAACCCUUGCCCACCCCAAACAUGCGCUGCUCCCCAAAAACCAACAACAUGGGUCAAUUCUACUGAAAAGUUAGUUGCGACCAUGCCUGCAAGGAAAACGCCCCCCCCCCAAAAAAAAAAAAGCCCGAGGAAAAUAAACGCUUGGCCACACCAAUCAUGCGCUGGUCCUCAAAAGACAACAACAUGGGUCAAUUCCAUCCAAUUUUAGUGGAAUAAUGUUGACAAUUUAAUUUGAUGAUUUUAAUCCAGCUCGUAAAGGAUGACCAGAAAGGCCCCAUUCGGGAUUUUGAUUAUAGUGAUAAUUGGCCAUUGCUUUGGCAUUUGCGAAUUCAUUAAUUUAAUGAGAUAUCUGUUAAAAGUUACUCUUCUUUUUAUAUUUUGAUGUUUGACUGUAGCUAAACUUGAAUAUUGAGUUGGGGGGGGGGUGGAAUGGGGGGUGUAUGAUUUAUAUGAGUUUCUGUAUAUUUUAUUUCUAAAAAAGAUUUUUUUUUUAUUUUCAUUGGUACUAUAGCAAAAUAUUUUUUUGAAAGAAUGUAAUCCCGAGGUAAACCGGGUAAAUUGACUAGUUUCAUUUAAAAGGCCCGACCAUAAUCUAUACAUGAAUGUUUUGUGCCUUUAUAUCACAUAGAGAUUCGCAAUAAAUGAAAACAAACCCACCUAAACAGAUGAAGUCGAUUUGAUGUGAUCAAAAAUCAAAAUAUUUGUGUUUUUUAUGUCCGUCCUUUACCAGGUUACUGCUUGCUUUAUCUUAAAAAGAUUUUUUUUUAAAAUAUUAAACCCUUUCCUAUAUAUUUAUGAGUUGAUAUUGUAUUAAUUUCUGUAACAUAUUUGUCAAUGUAUAUAUAUUUUUAUAUCUCCCAAAGAGCUUUUGCGAGGCGUCAGACGGAGUACUGCCCUAUAUAAACACAUCAUCACAAUUUUACGCUAUCUACAAUACGCUAUCAGGUAAUUUCAUUCUUAAUUAUUAAAUUAAAGUGUACGAUCAAGUUUUGUCUCGCGUGUUAAAAGUUAGCUUUGGAGAUAUUCCGGUAUACAUUUAUAUACAUUUUGAAUCGAUUCCAAAUAAUAAUAACACUGGCUUAUAAAUGCUAAUUCAGAUGUAAAAAUAUAUAUAUAUAUAUACAUAUANAUAUAUAUAUAUAUAUAUAUAUAUAUAUAUAUAUAUAUAUUGAAUUACAAAUUAACAAUUCAACUUGUAGAAAUAGUUUUUUUUUCAUACAGCCAUUUCUUAACCAAUUUAUUUUUCAAAAAGUGGACACUGCAUGGAUUGGCAUUAGUGAUAAAAUGAGCCCGGGAACCAUGGCCUGGGAAUACACAGGGAACCCCGUAACAGAGCUCAACACGGUCUGGGAUGAUAAAGAACCAAACUUUGGUAACACCAUAAAUUGCGUUUACACUUCGCAAAGAGUAAUAAUUAGUACUUACUGUGGCGAUCAAAUGGGAUCUUUGUGUAUGGAAAAAG